GCGCUGGCUUACAGGGCGGAAAAGCGAUUACACAUUCUCUUAUGGCCCUGGCCGCUCUCAGUCUUCUCUCUGUUCACACUGGAAAAACAGUCAUAGAAGAACAGCGGCUCUUCGAACACGCUCUGGUGUGAACGAUGAUUGUGCAGGAACCAGUGCAGGCAGCCAUAUGGCAUUGUUUGAAUCAUUAUGCUUAUCCGGAUGCUAUAUUCUUGGCAGAAAGAUUAUGUGCAGAAGUGGACACAGAAGAAAGUUUGUUUCUUUUGGCAACAUGUUAUUACCGUUCUGGUCGGAUUAGACAAGCUUAUGCCUUGUUAUCCCAGAAGGCACCCAAUUCAGCACAGUGCAGAUUUUUACUGGCAAAAUGUUGUUACGAUCUAGAGAAAUAUGCUGAAGCAGAAGCUGCAAUAAUUGGCGGAUAUUACAAGCAGUUGAAAAAUUUGGAAGAAAUAAUAACCCAGUUUGGGGAACAAGCAUGUUUUUCCCUACAGAUAAUUGCAAAGAUAUAUUACAAGAUGAUGCGCACUGCCAGAGGCAAUGAAGCACACAAGUUAGCUUUAAAAUUGAAUCCUUUUCUCUGGCAUUCGUUUGAGGAACUCUGUAACGUUGGGGAAAAAGUAGAUCCCACCAAAGUUUUUCAGUUAGACAAAUUAGAUUCCUUUGCUAUGUGCCAUGGUACCGCGUCCACGCUCAACUAUGUCUCUGAGCCGGAUCUCAUCAUUUCUGGAAACACAUCUGUGUCUAAUGGCACUAACGUCACAUCCGUGCAGGUAACACCGACACUAAUAAAUGGAGGUCAGGUGCCUCAAAUACGCUAUUCCUCUGUCGAAGAGACUCCGCAAAACACGUCUGUUCACAAUAACUAUACGAUUCCGUCGAAAGCCAAGCUAUCGCGAUAUCGCAUGUUGAGCAAUCCUAUGAGUCCGCUUACACCUAGUUUCGGUAUUUUACCACUUGAAAGCAAUACACCUGAACAAACGGUGCCACCGACGCACACAACUCUCACGGAAACCAACGAUCAAAAGAGUUUAGCAAAACGCGUCAGCAAUUUGAGAGCUCAUGUAGGGCAAUUUAUCUCGUCGAGGAAAGAAACACCGUUGCAGCAAGGCAAGUCAGUAUUUUCACAGUCAGGUAAUGCGAGCAAUACCGCAUAUAUUAUGACAGUGACAACUGCUAAUCCGACGUCACCGCCGUCGCCGACAUUUCAGAGCACCAAUGUUAGACGCUCGUCGCGACUUUUUAGCCACAAUUCAGUAAAAGAAAAUAAUAAGUCACCCAAUAGGAAUAAAUUUGCAACUCCGAAGUCUCCGUCUCGUAAGACAAAAGCGAGACUCCAAUCCAAAACGAAUUUAAACAAAACCAACUUUAACGAAUUAAACGAGAGAAAUAAGAAUGAAAAAGAAAAAAAUGAAACAGUCACGUCAGAAAAAGCUGUGGCCAAUGCGAACGCGCUUAAUGCUCAAAAUAAUAUUCAGUCUGGAAUAACGUUACAAAAACAGUCAGCAGAGGGAUUAAUGUCUUUACUGCGAGAUCUGGGCAUGGCGUAUCAGCACUUGAGUCAAUUCAAAUGUUCAGAGGCCAUUGAAAUAUUGAACAUCGUGCCACCGCAGCAUUAUCACACCGGUUGGGUACUUUCUAUGCUAGCCCGGGCGUAUUUUGAAAUGAUGAAUUACAAAAAAGCUGCUAGGUUUUUCGCUGAAGUGCGACAAUUGGAGCCGCAGAGGACAGAAAUGAUGGAGAUUUACAGCACUGUUCUGUGGCAUCUUCAUGCGGAAGUACAGUUGUCCACACUUGCUCAGGAUCUAGUCUCCCAAGAUCGCAAUUCCGCAGCUGCGUGGUGUGCCACGGGUAAUCUUUUCUCAGCGCAAACGGAACAUGAAACGGCAAUCAAAUUUUUCCAAAGAGCUAUUCAGGUGGAUCCGAAUUUUCCGUACGCUUAUACGUUGCUAGGACACGAAUACGUUCUUACCGAGGAAUUGGAUAAGGCAAUCACCGCUUUUCGUAACGCUAUCAGACUCGAUCCCAGACACUACAAUGCAUGGUUUGGUCUGGGAACGAUAUUUUCGAAACAGGAGCAGUAUUGCUUAGCUGAAUUGCAUUUUAAACGAGCCUUGCAAAUAAAUCCACAGAAUUCCGCGAUAAUGUGCCACAUAGGUGUCGUGCAGCACGCCUUGAAAAAGACCGAGCAGGCGUUGAACACACUGAACAACGCAUUGGCUAACGAUCCGGAUAACACUCUGUGCAAGUUCCAUCGCGCGAGCAUCAACUUCUCUAUCGGUCGACACGCGGAAGCUCUUCGAGAGUUUGAGGAGCUAAAAAAUAUUGUACCCAAAGAAUCUCUAGUCUAUUACUCAAUAGGAAAGGUGCAUAAAAAAUUAGGCAACACCCAUCUUGCAUUAAUGUACUUUAGUUGGGCAACGGAUCUAGAUCCAAAAGGUGUUAAUAGUCAAAUUAAGGAGGCUAUAUUAAGUCCGGGUCAAGGAGAAGACGACUCCCCGCCGACGCAAUCAGAUGAGCAGCAAGCGCAAAACAAUUCAAUGGAACAGGACGUCGACACGAGUAGAGAAGGAAACGCGGCGCCACUCGCUGGAAACGUCUCGGUCGAGCCUCAGGGCGACGAUAGCGACGAUAGUUUAUGAAAACUAUAUGCAAGAUUGUGUGCCGUGAAGAGAAACGAAGCGAUAUCAUAAAUGUGUCAUGAAUUUUCGGUCAUUCUCGAUCGCUUUUCGUUUGCCCGAUGUAAUGCUUGCAGAAUCGAUAAAAAAGAAAAAAAAAAAAAAAGAAUCAUCAGUAUGCGAUCGUUGACUUCAGUUGAGUAUUCGUAGUUCUGCGAAUUGUUCGAUACGAUAUACGAUGUGAUUCUUUCUUUCUCUCCCUUUUUCUCUCUCUUUCUCGCUCUCUCUCUCUCUCUCUCUUUCUCUCUCUCUCACAGUGAA